AUGGCCAUCAAGGUGACGAAAGCAGAGACGAAACUAGCCUAUGAUAAGAAGCUAUGCAGCCUCUUGGAUGAGUACAGACAGGCUAUAGAUGUUGUUGAAAUCAUUACCCCAGUUAAGAUGAUAAAGAAAGGAGACAAAGUGGGUUCCUCUAAGGUUACCCUCCUUGCCAAACUUGGGAUAAGGUCCUUCUCAUAUGGGCUUGUGGUUCUCUCUGUCUGUGACAAUGGAUCUAUCUUUAGCCGAGAGGUGCUCAACCUCAUUGAGGAUAGUCUCAUUGACAAGUUUACACCUGGUGUUUCUAUGAUUGCUUUGCUGUCAUUGGCUCUCUCUUACCCAACUAUUGCACCGACGCCUUACAUGUUCAUCGAUGUCUAUAAGAACGUCCUUGAUGUUACUGUCGACACUGAAUACACCUUCAUACAAGUUGAAGGAGUAUCUUAA